AUGCCUAAGUGUAGGGUGUCAAAGAAAUCGCGACAGCGAAUGACCCUCGACGAGUACAAUGAAGUGUGUCUCGAGUCGGACAAUUUCAUCGAAAUGGCGGAACGUCAAUUCAUCGCUACAAUGUCAAUGUCAGGUGAAGAAAAGUUCGUUAACGCAUUUGAAUGGCAAAACAAGUGUCAGCGUUACAAAAACAUCAUGCGAGCAUUUUUGCGCAAAUCCGAUUUUUUGCCUUACCAAACAUCAAGAUGUUUGAAUUUGAGCCAAAAACUUGAAUACUUGCGUUGUAAUUUUGAUGUGUUAAUGAAACGGGGUGCAGGUGUGCAAGUAGAGAAUGAGCGAAUGAAAUGGGUGGAUUUUGAGGGUGCAUUUGAGGAUCGUCUGCAAACCAGUGCUAUUAUAAAUAUUGAUUAUAUGGAUAUUAACGAGUUCCUUGACGAUGCUUUUGUUUUGUUUGAAAGUAACAUUGAAAGAGCUUUGAACAGAUUUGGUCCAAUCAAAGUUUAUACCGUUUUAGGUGCGAAAUUCAAAAAAGAUUCUAUUAAUGGUCAAGAAGAACUAUCUGAUUUAAAGACAUUUAUCGCAAAGACUGAUGAGAUUUUCAUUACAACCCAGUUAGAUCAGUGGUACAAUGAAAAUGUUAAACAACCUACUUUGAGAAGAAUCGAAGAAUUCCAACAGAAGGAUUCUAAUUGGAGACUUGAUUCUAUUCAAAGGUUGGAAGUUAACAUUAACAAGUACAACCCCAUGCGUGCUGGUUCUUAUAUCGACUUACCAUCUACCAUUAAAAACAAACAUGCUUGUAUUAACGUGCAAAACACAGAUAAUCAAUGUUUUAAGUGGUCAAUUUUGUCAGCCUUGUAUCCACCUUCAAGAGAUGCAGAUCGAGUUGCAAAAUACAGACCUUAUCAGGAUGAACUCAAUUUCACUGGAAUUGAGUUUCCUGUUGCACUCAAAGAUAUUCCGAAAUUUGAGGCGUUGAACAACAUUUCUGUUAAUGUAUAUGGACUUGUCAAAAGAGAUGAAAAGUUUUCAGUGGCACCGCUUCACCUUUCAAAGGAAAAGAAAGUUAUUCACGUCAAUCUUCUUCGAAUUGAAGAUCAUUACAUUGAUGAAAAUGCAGAUUUGGAGGAGGAAAAAGACGUACCCAUCAUCUCUUUCAACUACCAUUACGUGUGGAUCAAAGAUUUAUCAGCGCUAGUUGGCAGUCAAUUGUCAAAAAAGAAGAUUCGAAAAUACAUCUGUGAUCGUUGCCUGCAUUAUUUCGGUGAAGAAUCUAAGCUCACUGAACACGAAGAAAAUUGUAGGAAAAUGAACGAGACGAGUAUUGUGCUGCCAGAACCAGGGACGAAUUUUGUUGAAUUUAAAAAUUUUCAAAACAAGGAGCGUGUGCCAUUCAUUAUUUAUGCAGAUUGCGAAAGUCUUUUGCUUCCUGCCGAAACACCACAAGAAGCAGCCAAUACUGAGAUUUUUCAACAUCACAAAACCCUCAGUAUUGGAUAUUACUUGAAAUGCUCUUUCGACGACACGUUGUCCAUAUACAAAGCAUCGCCAAAAGAUGAGGAAGAUCCAGCUAAAUGGUUUUCAACCGAGUUGAAAGACUUGGCAGACAAUCUCAAUACAUUAUUUAAAAAUCCUGUGCCGAUGGAGGUGCUAAGUCGAGAUCAGCUGAUUGAUUUUAGAAAUGCAACUACUUGUCACAUUUGUAAAAAGAAAAUCAAGCCUGGGGAUGUAAAGGUGAGAGACCAUUGUCAUCUAACAGGGAAGUAUCGGGGGCCCGCGCAUCGAGAUUGUAAUAUUAAUUUUCAUGAAUCACAGGUCAUUCCUGUUGUUUUUCAUAACCUAAGUGGUUAUGAUGCUCAUUUUAUCAUUGAUUCUAUUGCUUCAGGAUUUGAAGGUAAUGUUUAUUUGCUCCCUAUUAACAAAGAAAAGUACAUCAGUUUUACGAAAAAUGUGAAAGACAGUGUUAUUAAAUUUCGUUUUAUUGAUUCCUUUAAAUUUAUGGCAUCGUCAUUGGACAAGUUAGCAUCCUAUCUCGACGAAUACCCAAUUGUGAAUUCUGUUUUUUCGAAUUACAGUGCCGACAAAAUUCAAUUGUUAACGCGAAAAGGAGUUUUUCCUUAUGAGUACCUUGACUCAAGGGAAAAACUCGAUGAAACUCAAUUGCCGCCUAUAGAAAAUUUUUACAGCACUCUUGUCGAUUCAAAUGUCUCCGAUGAAGAUUAUGCACAUGCGCAGAAAGUAUGGAGUGAGUUUGGUUGUCAAAAUCUCGGCGAUUAUGUGUACUUGUAUAUGCAGACCGACAUAUUGUUACUCGCGGACAUUUUUGAAAAUUUCAGGAAUCAGUGUCAUCUCGCGUACGGUCUUGAUCCAGGGCAUUAUUACACGACUCCAGGACUGACAUGGGAUGCCAUGCUAAAGUAUACGAAUAUAAGAUUGGAACUCCUCACUGAUAUUGACAUGGUAAUGUUUAUCGAACGCGGAAUUAGAGGUGGCAUUAGUCAGUGUGUCAAUCGUUAUGCAAAAGCAAAUAAUCCUUACAUGGAGAAUUUUAAUGAAAAUGAGGAAACAUCUUAUAUCGUAUACUUUGAUGCAAACAACCUUUAUGGCUGGGCCAUGAUUCAGUCUCUUCCCUAUGGUGGCUUCAAGUGGGAAGAAAAUGUUGAUAUUAAUUUUGAUUUUAACGUUGCAGAUGAUGCGCCAAUUGGCUACAUUUUAGAAGUCGAUUUGGAUUACCCAAAUGAACUUCAUGAUAAGCAUAGUGAUUUUCCGUUUUGCCCAGAACGCUCGAAGCCACCAGGAUCAAAAGAGCAAAAGCUCCUAACUACCCUCCUGCCGAAACGAAAGCACGUUCUCCAUUACCGUGCUUUGAAACAAGCUUUAGAACAUGGUCUUGUGUUAGUUCAAAUUCAUCGAGUUUUAAGAUUCAAGCAAUCAACAUGGCUAAAAACGUACAUUGAUUUUAAUACAACAAAAAGAACUAAUGCAAACAAUGAGUUUGAAAAAAAUCUAUUCAAGUUGAUGAACAACGCGGUAUUUGGCAAAACAAUGGAGAACGUGCGAAAACACGUUGACAUUAAACUCGUUACAAAGUGGGAGGGUAGGUAUGGAGCUGAAGCUUUGAUCGCGAAACCGAAUUUCCACAGCAGGGCCAUUUUUAACGAAAACUUGGUUGCCGUGGAACUUCGGAAAAUGGAAGUCUUGAUGAACAAGCCACUGUAUGUUGGACUGACAGUUUUAGAUGUUUCAAAAACUUUAAUCUACGAUUUCCAUUAUGAUUACAUGUUAAAAAAAUAUGAUGAAAAGAAAUUGAAAUUAUUGUACACCGACACUGAUAGCCUGAUUUAUGAAAUCAAAUGCUCUGACAUUUAUGCUGAUAUGAAAGACGAUAUCCACAAAUUUGAUACUUCCGAUUACCCGGUGAAUAACGUGUACAAUAUUCCGCAAGCCAACAAAAAAAUUUUAGGAAUGAUGAAAGAUGAAUGCUGCGGAAAAAUUGUAACAGAAUUUGUUGGCUUGCGGAGCAAAAUGUACAGCGUCCGCGUUGAGAAUAAGGAUUUCAUCAAAAAGGCUAAAGGUGUAAAAACUGGCGUUGUAAAAAAAUCUAUUAGUUUUGAUGAUUACGUGUAUUGUCUCCGAAAUGUAAAUAUGCAAUCUAGAACUCAGUAUACAAUCAGAUCAAAACUGCACAAAGUGCAAACAGUAAAGCAAACCAAAAUUGCAUUGAGUCCUUUUGACGAUAAAAGAUAUUUGUUAUCAAACAGUACCGACACCCUUGCAUGGGGACAUUGUAAAAUUGUUGAAAUUAUGGAUGAAGAAAAUUAA